AUGUUCCCCAUGAGUUUAAAAUUAAAACAUUGAGUUUGCAAUGAUUAAUUAGAUUUCAUUUACCAUAAGGUUUACUAUUUAUGAUUAUAAAUUGUAAUCUAUUUUUUAUUUUAAUGUUUUUUUAAUGUAUGGUCCGCCGUCAAUAUUCAAUACCACCUUACCACUUUUUUCAGUAUAAAGUAUACUAACAGAGUCACGUGUUUAUAGUUGAGUCUCCGAUCAUCCUAUUUUAUAAGCGAUACUGAAGCUUAAUUAACACUACUGCGACGAUGGACGACGCUUCCAUCAUCAGCUCGUUGACCAAGAUCAAGGUGCACAGCCUCAAACGCAAAGCUUCGUCCUCCGUUGAGUCUAAACGUAAACAAAAGAGGUUCAAAUCUGAUGACACGUGUAGUGAACUUUCCAUGACCACUUCCGAGGCAUACGGCAUAAAAAAAAUCACCGACGAUUCAGACAUAGAUGAUGAUCAAUCUUUCACCAACAAGCCUGCCGAGUUCAUAAGAUUAGAUACAUCUCAACUGAAUAGAAAUAAUGGAGUAUUGUUUUCUGAAGAUCUAAAUAAUGACUGUGAAGUUUGGACAUUCCAAUGCCCUGAUGAUAUAGAUAUUAACAAUCUACUUUCACAAUCAAUCAGUUUCAAUGAUAUCAAAAAAUUGGAAAUUAAAAACACAAUGUCUGAUAAAGUUGAUUUAAUACCUUACAGAUGUCAAGAAAAAACAAAUAUUACUAUUGUGACUCCUUGUGAAAAAACAAAAGAUUUAUCAUUGAACGUGGUUCCUUUAGCUGGGACAUUAAUUAUGUGUAAUCGAAUAAAGAAAGACAAAUUAAGUAACAAUGUUUUACUUCCAGUUGAUACUAUAGAAGAUGCAACAAGAAGAAGAUCAGAAUUAAUGUCAAAAAUUACUAAAAGACUAUCAAAUAAAUAUGAUAUCAAUUCGGUUAUGAACACAGAUAUAAAACAAGAGUUUAAAUUAGAAAAAGAAUCACCUAGAAAAGUUAAAAAGAAUAAAAAAAAAUUGAUUAAUAAAUAGUUUAAUAUUAGGUUUAUUCAAUUAAUCAUACUUUCUAUUCCAAAAUGUUGAACAAUUAAAUAUUCUUAUAUCAUAUGAGUGAAAAAACAUUUUUUUUUUUUUAAACUUAACUAUUAAUCUUCUGUAUUAUUAGGUGGAAAAUUUGUUUAUAUAAAAUUUAAAUAUAUAUAUAAAUAUAUGAGUUAAUGAUUACAUUUUAUAUAAUUUACACACAAUUGAUAGGCUUACUAAUUACAAAUAAAGUGUUAUUAAAUAUUGCAUGCUUAGAAUUAUAAGUUAACUAUUGUUACGGGAUCU